UAAUAUUUUCAUCUAAAAAAACAUAUUUAGUGUUAAUCGAAUUGCGCCAGCGCGAUUCAGACGAAAGUAUUGGACUUUAAUUCGUUCGUUUCUACAAAAGAGAUUUAAGGGACGACCAAUGGCAUAAAAAUUAUCACACGGAAAUACAAGUAAUUAAAUCAAUUAAAUAGCAAAAAUUUUCAGAACAGCCGUAAUAAUAUUGUACGACGAAUUCUGUGACUGUCGGAAUAUUAAGUGUUAAGGUUUCAGUUUUUCACAAAGUGGAAGCCAUCGAAACACAUUGCAGGUUCUUCAUUGUUGCUGUGUGGCAUUAUACUUAAAGUUUUAAGGUACAUACAAGUAUAAAAAGUGCUCCUUUAUAUACAGAAAGAUUAAAAAUGUUGCAAAAUCAAUGACUUAAAAUGAAACUGUCAGGGUAUCAUAUCACUAUAGACGGAGCAGUUCCUUAAAGGCAGUAAUGGCUGUCAAAGGGCUGGUAGCAGCAAUUGUUCAGUUCUUAACCCAACAAUUAGAAGAAGGUGAUAUUACAGCAGAUUCUCGAGAGAGCCUUGAAGUAGCAAUACAGUGUUUAGAAAGUGCUUAUAAUGUACAAGCAUCUGAUACUCCAACAAAUUUUAACUUAUAUGAAAUAUACAAGUCUUCCAUCGAAAAUGCAAAGCCCAAUUUAGCUCCAGAAGCUACUCUAGAAGCAAAAACCGAAGCUGAAAAAUUAAAAAAUGAAGGAAAUGCUCUCAUGAAAGCUGAAAAACAUCACGAAGCUCUUACUAAUUAUACAAGAGCAAUUCAAUUAGAUGGUCGUAAUGCAGUAUAUUAUUGUAACCGUGCUGCAGCAUAUAGUAAAAUUGGCAAUUAUCAACAAGCAAUUAAGGAUUGCCAUACUGCAUUAUCCAUUGAUCCUUCGUAUAGUAAAGCAUAUGGACGAUUAGGUUUAGCAUAUUCUAGUCUCCAAAGACAUAAAGAAGCUAAGGAAAGUUAUCAGAAAGCUUUGGAGAUGGAACCUGACAAUGAAAGUUAUAAAAAUAAUUUGCAAGUAGCAGAAGAAAAAUUAGCUCAACCAAGCAUGAGCAAUAUGGGAUUAAGUGGAGGUACAUUGCCAGGCAUGGAUCUCAGUUCACUCCUAAGUAACCCUGCUCUUAUGAACAUGGCCCGUCAAAUGUUAUCUAAUCCAGCACUUCAAAACAUGGUGAGCAAUUUUAUGAGCGGUCAAGUAGAACAAGGAGGACAUAUGGAUGCUCUUAUAGAAGCUGGUCAACAUUUUGCUCAACAAUUACAAAAUGCGAAUCCUGAAUUAAUUGAAUCCUUAAGAAGGCAAAUGGGAGGAAAUCCAAAUGAUCCAGAUCCACCACAACAAAAUUAAGAAAUCUAUGAUUAUGAUAUAUUUUAAAAAUUCCAGAUAAAAUGAAAAUAACUAAAUUUAAUUGGAACACAUACAUAGUUACAGAACAGUGUGUAUCAUUUUUAAUAUGAAAAUGUGAAAAAUGAUGACUAAGAUUAACUUACAUUAUCACUAUCUUAAAAUGAUAUUCA